AUGCUGCCUGUGCGUGGGCUCCUCCAUAAUGUGGUAUGCCCAGCGUUCCGUGAUGGAGAAUGUGAGAAGCAGCGCGCUGGAGGCUGUUUGUUUUCGCAUGAUGCGAACCUAUUGGAAAAGCGCCCUCAUCCAGACAACGCCACAGGAGCAGUGAAGCGUGCGGGACCGACGCUGACGACAGAGGGAGUGCCUAGGAAGCAAGCUCGAAGAGAGGCAAUAAGCGAAUCGAACCUACCAACAGAAGCGCCUGCCCUGCCACGCAUCACAUCACAACGACAUCCUUCGACAUCGAAGAUUUCCCUUGCUCAGCGCCAAGAUGGCCUCAAGAAAGUGCACACUACAUUGUGUCGAUUCUAUGCUCCCAUAUGGCAGCAUUCAGAUCCACGUCUACAAAAGCUAGGUCGCGAAAUGGCAGCGUCCGAUGCGCUGCGAAUGGAGGAGGAUGUAUUUCAGCAUGUGAACGAAUACACCUAUAAGACAUCGAGUAUUGCUGCUGCUGCAAGUGUGAACAAACGGGCAACAGAUGUGCUUGCAUCUGCUGUACACGAAGCUGCCAUAGCACUGGCUGGAUCCGAGACACAAGGUGCUAAGACAAGCGACAGUAUAGGUCGAGCUAAGUCUGUUCUUGACGCAUGCACGGAAACAGGUUCUGAGGCAGACGUGCAACAGAAACGCCAGGCCCAAGAACGACGAAAAAAAGGUCGACUGACGCGUGAGCGAAUCAUCAAGGCAGGCUUCUUGUGCCCUAAAGGCGAUUUAGAAAAGCUUGGCUAUGUCACGGAAAUCCCGCCCACAUGGGGCGCCGGGAGUGAGAAGCCUGAUGCCUGUGGUGAGCGGCCGACAUGUGCACGAUGUGGCAUUGUGUACAGAGUAGGGCCACUGGGCCGUGUCAACACGGACAAUGUGAACGAGCAAGAUCCUGAGGCAUGCCACUUUCACUCAGGUCGACCACGCCCCGAGAAGCUGGGCAUGGCUCGAGCCCGGAAAGUCUAUCGUUGGUCUUGCUGUGGACGCACUGUCGAUUCACACACACUCGGCGAUGAUCGGUGUGCGACGGGGCCACAUGUGUUCAAGGAGGAGGGUGCAGAAGCUUUGCACAAGCGUUCAGCAUAUGUCACUUGGUCCGACAUCCCUGGACAGGCAAAUGCACAAGAGGUACUACCUGUGGCAGCGCUGGACUGUGAGAUGAGUUACACAACAGCUGGGAUCAGUGUAACACGCAUUACCCUCGUGGACGAGACGGGCGAUGUCGUGUUUGAUGAGCUGAUUCGAUGUCCAGAUGGAGUGUCUAUGAUUGACUUGAACACGCAGUUUUCUGGCAUUCACGCCGAGGCAUAUGAGGCUGAGGCAAUCUUUGACCUAGACACAGCGCGAAGGGCCCUGGCUCAGUACAUCGGACCGCAGACCAUAUUGAUUGGUCAUGGCUUGGAAAACGACUUGCAUGCGAUCCGUCUUGUGCAUACCAACGUGGUUGAUACAUGUCAAUUGUUUCCACAUCCUCGAGGCUUGCCGUAUCGACUCGCCCUGCGUGAUCUUGUUGCCAAGUAUUUGGGCCGGAUCAUUCAGGCGGGCGGCGCGAGUGUGGGACAUUCGUCAGCCGAGGAUGCACAGAUGACUCUCGAACUCGUGCGUUGGAAAUGGCUUGAUAUGUGCUCGUGA